GCUGGAGCCGCGGUCCCACUCUCGCCCUCGCCCUCGCCCUGGAGCACGAAGCUGUGGAUUCUCGGGCAAGAUCGUCCGCAAUCGUGAUGGCGCUUUGGAAGAUCGCCUCCCUGCGCAAGAAAUCCUCGUCCCCCAUCCCUCUCAGCAAAGUCGAGCGGAGUUGAUUCUCGCACAAGACGAGGCCCGAGCGCGGUCUCAAUCAGCCAGUCGGUCGGUGUUGCGAGGGCGGGGAUUGAUUGAUCGAGCGGCAAUUUGAACCUGCGCAGCGCGCCCCAUCUUCGCUGUUCAGAUGGGAAGUGCUACUGUCUGCUGCUCCAGCCUCUUGUCCACUGGCACUGCUGCAUUUCCUGCUCAUUUGGGCAAUGUCGGAUGCUCAAGAACGGGCAGGAGGAAUGUCACGGCCCCAUCGGUGGCUGUGAGAUGCGCCAGCAUUGAGGAUGGAAGUGGACGCUGCUGCCGUAGCGCGGGCGGUCAAAGUCGGGGUUCCUCCUACCAUGGCGAGUCUGUUUUCCGGAGUGAGCAAGCUUUGGAGUCGGUUUCUUCCCAGAGCGAGAAGGCGUUGCACAGAAUGUCAAAAGGUGGCCUUGCCGUUUUGAUCGCAUCGUCCUUAAGUUUCACAGUAUGCGACAACGUACUAGCGGUAGCGGAGGCUGCGCCUGUACCGGAAAGCAGCACCAACUUGAUGUUCAUUAUCGCUUGUGUUGCAGAAGCUCUGGCUCUCACGGGGGCUGUUGUAGGCGGUGUACUGGCUCGGCAAAGAAAGUUAGAGCUUGAGAAAAUAAAUUCUCAACUUCGACAAAUUAAUGUUAACUUAAGGCGACAAUCUCGAGUGGAGUCCUAUGCUCCAAAUCUGACAUACGCUCCAGUUGGCAGUGGGCGCGUCACAGACGUUCAGGUACGGGAAGACCCAGUAAGGGAAGAAUUGAUGUCGUGUCUGAAAGCCGGGAAACGCUGGCUCAGAGAGCAAAAACCAGUCAACGCGUUUCGAGAAUUUGAAAAAGCUCUUCCUCUUGCAAAGCAACUCAAAGACACUGUCGAAGAGAAGAAAGCUGCGCGCGGUUUAGGUGCUUCCUGUCAAAGGCAAGGGAAAUACAAGGAUGCCAUUAAGUACCACACGAUGGUUCUGACAAUUUCCCACAUGACGAGAGAGUCCUCUGGGAAUACUGAGGCAUAUGGUGCAAUAGCGGACUGCUAUACAGAACUCGGGGAUCUAGAGACAGCGGGGAAGUUCUACGAUAAGUACAUUGAUGGCCUAGAACAGGAUGACUAAUAUUCAAGCGACCACGUUGGGUAGAUAGUUCUACUUUUCGUCAAUCAAAUUUGUAAUUUAUUGUGGUAACAAAUCCACAGUUGUCGAGCUCUAUGGUGAACUGCAACCCUGUUCAAGAUUGUUCUUGGAAGAUAUGGCUUACGUCGUGCCAUGAAAUUUUUUCAUACCUAUUAUGCCGCGACCAGGACGAGAAAUUGUAGAAUAUUAGUUCAUCAACUUAUCAGUAUCAGUAGAGUUACCAUCAAUCAGAUCCAAUGUAAAAUCAUCAGUCAGCCACUCACUUUUCACCUAGGGAAGCUGGGAUCUUUUUGACAAUUCUCCAAGAAGCAGCUGUACGAAAAUGAGAAAUGAUGUUUUGUAUAUCGGAGAGAACUUGCUUCGUGCCGAAACGAAAUUGUAACUUUUUAUUACAAAUGGAAAGGCAAAGAAUUUGUCACCUCA